AUGGUACUAUCACCAGUGGUUACAGCUCAGAUUUAUUCUGAGGUGCCACCAUCACGAGCCACAUCCAAUAAAAAUCGUUUAUUAAAAUUUUUAAAAAAGUUUGUCGAGAAUGUUCGAGAAGACGAGCCGUAUUAUGAUAAAUAUCUUUGUGUGCAAGCAUGUGAUGGAUGUUUUGAUAAUUCAAACCAAAAUGCAUCGGCUGAUUGCGGUGAAGCGUGCGUUUGUUCCAACAUGUGUGAAACACAAACGAUUUUACGUAUUUAUAGAAAAUAUGGUACGCUAUGUUUAAUACAAAAAUACAUUGAAAAAUUCUUUGAAUAA